CGGAGGGAGGGGUCAUCGCCACCGCACGGGGCUUCUUAUCCCGCUGCUGUUGCCAGCCCGGUCCUGCCGCGGUACCUGCCCGCCGCUCGCAUCUCUGCCCCUCGGAGCUACUACCCGGCGCGCCCCGGACCCAUCCCGGACUGUUCCCGGAGGAUGCCGUGCGCGGGGCUGGCGCUGGCGCUCUGCGCGCUGCAGCUCGUCCCGGCCGCGCUCGCCGGGCCGCAGCCGCAGCUGCUGGUGGAGCGGAGCGGGGCCCAGCGGCUGAGCAAGGUUGGUGGCUUUGCCUGGGAGAACUGUGGUGACAAGACGGACCCCGUGGUGGUGCAGAGCCUCUCCGUGGCACCCGACCCCAUCAGCAUCCCAGGGAGCCUGCGUGUCAGUGCGGCCGUCAAAAACGGAAAGACCAUGGGUUCCCCUCUGAAGGCAGUGCUGACGGUAGAGAAGGCGCUGGGUGAGCUCUGGAUCCAGCUGCCCUGCAUUGACCAGCUGGGCAGCUGCACCUACAACGAUGUCUGCAGUAUUCUUGAUGACCUCAUCCCACCUGGCACAACCUGCCCAGAGCCCCUGCUCACCUACGGCAUCCCCUGCCACUGCCCCUUCAAAGCGGGCUCCUACUCCCUGCCAGCCAGUGACUUUGACGUGCCCGACGUGGAACUGCCUUCCUGGAUGACCAACGGCAACUACCGUGUCCGUGCGGUCGUCAGCAACGGUGGGGAGGAGCUCGCCUGUGUCAAAUUGGCCUUCUCCCUGCAGUCCCACUGAGGGGUUGGACACUGUCCCUCCUCUCCCCCCCCAUGGUUCCCUGUCCCAUCCCAUGCAGUUGCACCCUGACCUGUCCCAACUCAUCCCUGCGAGGUCCAUCCCUCCUGCUGUCAGGAGGAAGCAGCCUCUGUGCCCCUGCUUGGUGCCACCUUCCCUGCUACAACCAGAAAGGCCCCUCUGGUUCUCCUGCUGUCCCCAAACCCAUCACCAGUGUUUCACCUGCCUGGACAGGGUGGCCUUGGAACCUAACCCCAGUAUGACCUGGGGGUAGAUAGUUUUUACCCAGUUUCUCUUUCUUUUUUUGGUAAUCUUAUCAGGGCAAUUGUAGACAAAAACAUUCCAGGGAAAAGCAGUAUUUCUCAGAGCAGUCCAUGGGGAGGAAGGAGUGUUUGGGAGUGCUGUGGCAGGCUGGAGGGAUGCAGGACUACCUGUGGAGGGGGUCCCUGCUUGCCCCCAUCACCUCUGGCCAGAGCACAGGGCUUUGUUGCAGAGGUGUCCCCAAAGUGGCUGCAGAAGACCUGUCCCCACACAGCACCUCCGGGUCUGCCUUUGGUGCAUCCUUGUCCUGCACGGGAGACCAGCUUGGUGGCAAGAAGCACCUGGGAAGGCACCUCCCCAUGCCCCUCGUGCAGAAAACAUCAGGAACACAAGAGGACUGAAACCACCGGAGCCCCACAUGGACAUUCCCACUCACGAGGGACCAAGCGGCUGGUGAUGCUCCUGGCAGCAGGAGAGGUGGCUGGCUGAUGGCAGCACUCGCUCCACAGGGGGACACACACAGCUGUGAUGGGCUGCUGGGGCACAGCCUGGCCCAGGACCAGCCCCACUUAUCUCACUUUUCCACUGGGACUGAGCCGAGGCAGGAGGACACUGCAGUGGGACCAUCCUUCCCAUGUACUGACAGCGGCACCGCAACACGGAGCAGCAUCCUGAACGUGGGAUAACCGGGAGAUGACCAUGAAGACCAGCAGCCCAGAUCUUAUUUGGGGACCUCCUGGCUGUGGCUGGGGACUGUGGUGUGGAUGGGUAGCAUCCUUCCUGCUGCAGCUUUGGGCAGGGCGUGAGUCUGACAUCACCCCCCUGUGAGAGGUGCCCAGAGGGCAGAGGUGCAGGUGACCCACCAGCCACCCAUGUCCCUCACUGUCCCUGCCUGCUUGUGUUAUUUACCCCCUCCAUAGGGCUGGUCUCCUACAAGCACUUUAUAUGCCUUAACUACUGUGGGAAGUCCUGCACCACACAGAUGUGCUCCCACUGCCUUUCUGUGCCCUCCACUUGCUUCAUUUCAUCCCAUGGCUUUGCCUGGAGAAGAACUAACCCUCUGUCCCUGCUCCCCGCCAGCGCCUGUGCCAUGGCAGCAGCCUCCUUUUGGGCAGGUACUGCACAUUCUUAAUAAAUCUUUUUACCAGGAA